AAACUCGUUAGAAGAAGAAGAAGAAGAAGCGAAGGUGGUAAAAUCGUUUUAACGGAGGGCCAGGGAAGAAAGUAGGACGCUAAAUCAAACAGACAUACAAUCACAAUGCUUCCCCUGUCACUGCUGAAGACUGCCCAGAACCAUCCCAUGCUGGUGGAGCUGAAGAAUGGAGAGACGUACAACGGUCACCUGGUCAGCUGUGACAACUGGAUGAACAUCAACCUGAGAGAAGUCAUUUGCACCUCGAGGGAUGGAGAUAAGUUCUGGAGGAUGCCUGAGUGCUACAUCCGAGGAAGCACUAUCAAGUAUCUACGAAUCCCAGAUGAGAUCAUCGACAUGGUGAAGGAGGAGGUGGUGUCAAAGGGUCGCGGACGGGGAGGUGCCCAGCAGAACAAACAGCAGGGCAAAGGAAGAGGAGGAGCCGGCCGAGGUUUGUUUGGCGGUCGUGGCAGAGGAAUGACCGGCGCUGGUCGGGGCCUACAGCAGCAGCAGGAUAAGAAACCAGGCAAACCACAGGGAAUGAAGAACCAGCACUGACAGACAACGUUGCACCUUCAACAAAACAACCUGUUAUUUAGAGCGAUUACUCCCUUCAGUACAUGAAGAUAAAAUUCUGGUGUUUCCUUCUGCUGUGGUGUUUGUCAAGACUGACCACUGCAGAAAUCACACUGGGAGAAGUUGAAAGAAGCUGUGCAUUUGCACUAGAUUUUGUUUUUUAGCAUUGACCGUCAGUGAGUUGGUAUUAACUUUUUUUUUAUUUUAUUAUGACCUUAUACCAGUGCAUCAGUCAGAGCUGGAAGACCAACUUCAGUCUCAGUUUGUGAAAUGUAUCAUUAGAACUUUGCAAGAACUUUUUGUAUCAUUACACACGAUAUUAUCAUCCAAACGUAGUUCAGUUCAUCAGUUGGUACACUGGAAUUAGGUUUUUAUUUUCUGUUUAUUUUUACUUUCUUGGUGGUUGUUUGCUCGUCAACUUGUCUCCUGAAGCGUAGUUUUCACGGUGAAGGAACUGCCCGGCCCCAAAUUCUGUUGCAUGAAUAUUUUUUUAACCAAGCUCUUUAUUUUUGUGUUGUUUUGUGACGUUCUGUGGUUUGCAGCGCUUUCGUUUUGACUGCUGUGCUGCGCGGUCCGAUCACGGCAGGUGGAAUCGUAGACUGGCAGCAUGGGGACGAAGAUUCAGUCCUUGAAAUUUAACUUUUGUUAAAGCAUUUGUAAAAUGAUACAUAAUGAUGAUUAGGAUUUCCAGGAAAAAAAAAAAGAUUCUCAUAUUCUUAAGGCUGACAUGGAUAAGUCCAACAUGUGUCAUGUUGGUUGGGUUUCAUUUUAUUUUUGUAACAAAAGAUGAUGUUGUAAUUUAUUUACAUGAGAACAUGAGAAUAAAACAACUUUUGUUAAA